CAUUCCCCAAAAAUCAAGAACAGAGAUGGGCAACAGUUUCUCGAUCCCUGAUGGUCCUCCUCUGAGGAUUGUGAUGAUUGGGAAAACUGGUGUUGGGAAGAGUGCCGUUGGUAACACCAUCUUGGGCAGAAAACAAGAUGUUUUUAAGUCUAACACAAGUCCAGAGUCAGUGACGGAGACCUGUGAGAGAGAAAGAGUUGACUGCUCCAGAAAGAUCCAUGUGGUCGACACCCCUGGUAUUAUGGACACGUCUACAAGUGUAGACUGCAUAAAGACAGAGAUUGCAAAAUGCAUCCAUAUGUCGUCUCCAGGCCCUCACGUCUUCCUGCUGGUCCUUCAGAUCGGCAGGUUCACCAAAGAAGAAGAAAACUGUGUGCAGGCCCUGGAGAAAAUGUUUGGACCGAAAGCAUCAAACUACAUGAUCGUCCUGUUCACUCAUGGAGACAAGCUGAGACGACAAAACAUAACCAUACAUGACUAUCUACGAACUGGCAAUGCGAAACUCAGAGAGGUGCUGAACAGAUGCGGCAACAGGUUUCAUGUCUUCAACAACAAGAACAGGAGCAGAACUCAAGUGGUCGAGCUGAUCAAGAAGAUUGAUGAGAUGGUGGCAGCAAAUGGGGGAGCACACUACAGCGAUGAAAUGUUUGAACAUGCCGAGGAUAUUCUGCAGCAGAGUCCAAACAGAAACACAGCAGAGUCGCUGGUUCACAACUCAUCCUUCAUGACUGAACUGCUGGAAAAAACAGUCCAGUUUCAGGCCAUACUGUCUGCUGUGUCAUCAGACAAAGUUGUCCAGGACUCGGGACCCGCCAUCUGACUGUAUUAUGUGGCCUUAAUCUGAUGUAAACAGUUCUUACUACUUUGGUUUAAUCACAGUGGGUUUAGACACAAAUAUUACUGUCAUCAAUCAAUAAUCAAUAAUAUCAUGUUAAUUAAUAAUCAUGUAUGUCACAUAGUUUCUGCACAAAAUUGUUUUGAUAUUUUGCAACAUAGUUAUUGAUUU